AUGCAAGGCUCGUUCUCAACUAUCCCCUGCGCAUACGUCUUUGAGAACACUUCAAGUGUGACAGACUUCAUGCCGACUGAGCAACUGAAGAAAGCCCUGGCUAAUACCCUCGAGACCUUUUCAAUUCUACUCGGCCACUUGCGUCAUAAGGUGACUGGAAACAUACUCAUCGAACUAGAUCCUGAUAACAUCAACCAUCCGGAGUUCCUGGACUGGCCCCCGAGCGUGGUCACAGUCGGACCCAUUGCCACUACUGCUAGUGACAGUGAGAUCCACAUGCUCAAUGUUCAUGUCAUUCGACUCAAGGAGAACAGUGGCCUGGUCCUGUUCAUCAGUGUUCUCCAUUAUGCCUUCGAUGAUGCGAAUUUCUUCGUAUUCGUCAAUUCCUGGGCCGACACAAUGUACGGAAUGGUCCACAGUGCCGUACCACCCAUUCGCAGAACAUACUCCUUCGAUCGAAGCAUAGUCCGCUCGUAUCUAACUACAUCCGGCCAAGUAUUGAUCGAUCCCACGAGCCAUGCCAUAUAUUCCACUCCUAAUGUAAUCAUCGACUGGUCAACGUUGCUAUCCCAUACGACACUGGGUGCUAUGCUGAGUAAAACCACUGGGCUCGCCAAAGGCGAAGCACACCUGUUCCAUGUUUCGCAGAGAAAGCUCAACGAGUUACAUCAAAUGCUUCAGCCUCACCUUAUUUUCGGCACAUCUCAUAUCAGUGACAAUGAUAUCCUAGUUGCUCUUAUCAGAAAGCUGGGCCCACCUCAAGUCGAGGAACAUGCAUCAGUACGAGUCCCUUUUGACCUGAGAUCCCGGCUGAAUGUCAAAGAGAAUUAUACAGAAAAUUGUCUUACUGGGCUACUGAUUAGAGAUCAAGUCAAUGAUCUCAGAAGACCUACGAAUGCAGCUACCUUAGCAGAUGCAGCAGCCCAGGUGCAGUCUACAGUGUCCAGCGUCAGCCCUCAGCUAGUAUCCGAGUUCGUUGAGCUUAUAUCUGCGCAUCCAACAAGCUACCUACGACCCUUAGCAUUGACCGCUAGUCGCAUGAGGACAUUCCUUGUGUGUACAACAUGUGUGAGCCUGACGCCACUUUUUGCUAGCAGUCUCAGUAUAGUCGCAUUCCUACCGCCUAUGCCAUCAACAGACGGAGUGAACGUUUUGCUGAGCAGUAAUCCUACCGCUAUGAAAGGAAUGUUGGUAGAUCCGUUCUGGGAAAAUGUUGGUGAGCUCGUGUGGUAGCUCCCGUCAACAAAGACUGCGUCUAUCUUAGAUGCUGUGUCUCAUCUGGGUCGCUUAGCUCGAUUGUCAUACCCUUUAUCUCUCACUGUAAUAUACUUCAACUGUGCGCUAGAAGAUCCAAGCUCGGGGGGAAGUGACGGGGAAAGAUUCUUAGCGUUUCCGUAUCGUCGCAAAAUUUACC